AUGUAUCUGUCGACCCCAUCGACGAUGCCAUUCUGGUUCUGGCUCUUCAAAGGCUUUGCUGUAGUUGCUCACGGUGCUCUUGCGUUCCAUCUGCCCCACAGGAUGGUGAGAGGACUUGCCUCCUGGCUGCACGCUUGUUGUGUUGUUUGUGUGCAUUCUGGGACGCUGCUUGUCACCAGGUUUUCCCGUGUUGGGCAGGAAAGGCCAAAGACGGUGUCAGAGGGAUGUGCCGCACUGCAGCUGCCAUAUAUUGCCGGGUGGUGUCCAUAUCCAGUGCGGGCAAUUUUGUGGGGCAGACUGCUAUGUGCUGCACUAUUGAGAGGGGAUUGCCAAGUAUCAGUGGGGUGGUCACUUGCAUGUUGCUCUGUUGGGAAGGAUGAUGACUCAGACGCAUCGACGGCCUGGUGUGUGGGUAUUGUUCCUUGUUUUGCGCUGAUCACCUUGGACUGA